AUGCAUCCAAGAAAUAUUUUCUUUAACAAUGAACCAGAUUUCAACAAAUUAGCCAUAAAAUAUGAAAAUCUAAGAAAAGUUUGUAAAUUGAAUAAAAAGGGAAAAUUUCAAGUGAAUUUCCAAGACAUUGAUAGUAGUCGUAUUGUAGCCGAAGUCCUUCUAAAAGAAUAUUUUUCAUUAGAUAUAACAUUUAGUAAAAAUCAUCUAAUUCCAAGAAUAAAUAACCGACUUGAUUAUCUUUUAAUAAUUGAAGAUUUUUUUAAAUUGAAUUACAAGGAAAAUGGCAAAGUUCUUGGGAUUGAUAUUGGAGUUGGUGCUAAUUGCAUAUAUCCAUUGCUUGGAAAUAAAUUAAUGGGAUGGGAUUUUAUUGGUAUUGACAUUGAUGCAAAUGCGAUUGAGGAAGGAAAAAAAAUUAUUUCUAAUAAUAAUUUGAAAGAAAAAAUAAUGUUAUUGAUAAAAGAAGAGACAGAUGUUAGUAAUACUUUUGCACUUGCAGUAAAAAAUAUAUCUAAUAAUGUAAAAAUAUUUUCAAUGUGUAAUCCACCAUUUUUUGAUGACGAUGAAGUUAAUAAUCGUUUUAUAAACGUUGAAAAUUUGAAAAUAAAUAUGUUAUCUUCAAAAAGGCAUACACCUUCAUCUAUUACCAUUGCCACAGAAAAUGAACUUUCAUCAACAGGAGGUGAGAUAAAUUUUAUUAAAAAAAUGAUCGAAGAUAGUCAGGAUGAGGAUAUUUCAAAAAAAGUGUCAUUGUUUACUUCACUAAUUGGAAAGAAAAAAUCAAUCAAAGUUAUUGAAAAUAUUUUAAAAAAUAUAAAAAGUUGUUAUUAUAAAUUUUAUGAAAUGAAGCAUGGAAAAACAAGUCGAUGGAUUGUUAUGUGGACAUUCAAUGAAUCUCAUACUUUUCCAAAUAAAAAUUGGAGGAAACGCAAAAAAAUAUAA